CCCGGAUCUGCCCACUCCUAAAACAAGACAUAAAAGCCGAGUUGUCAGCCCCCCUGCACACACGGCGUUGUGUGCUGCUGAGUUGAAGUCACCUGUCAUGCACGUCGAGGUCCUGUCUGCCCUGCUUUGCCUUGUGGCCACAGCGUAUGCAGGAUGCCCACUCGGAUUUCAUCAAAACAGAAGAUCCUGCUACUGGUUCUCAACCAUUAGAAGUUCGUUUGCAGAGGCGGCAGGCUACUGUCGAUACUUGGAGAGCCACCUUGCCAUAAUAUCAAACAAAGAUGAAGAUUCGUUCAUCAGGGGAUAUGCUACCCGUCUUGGUGAAGCUUUCAAUUACUGGCUUGGUGCUUCUGAUCUGAACAUAGAGGGGAGAUGGCUGUGGGAAGGACAACGCCGCAUGAACUACACAAACUGGAGUCCAGGACAACCUGAUAAUGCGGGAGGUAUCGAACACUGUCUUGAGUUAAGACGGGAUUUAGGAAACUAUCUGUGGAAUGAUUAUCAAUGUCAAAAACCAUCACAUUUUAUUUGUGAAAAGGAACGCAUACCAUACACCAACAGUUUGCAUGCAAACCUGCAACAGAGGGACAGUUUGCAUGCAAACCUGCAACAGAGGGACAGUUUGCAUGCAAACCUGCAACAGAUGGACAGUUUGCAUGCAAACCUGCAACAGAGGGACAGUUUGCAUGCAAACCUGCAACAGAGGGACAGUUUGCAUGCAAACCUGCAACAGAUGGACAGUUUGCAUGGAAACCUGUAACAGAGGGACAGUUUGCAUGCAAUCCUGCAACAGGAGGUGAAAUAAAGCCUUCAGCAUGUU